AUCCCCCUCUCUCCUCAACACAAACCUUUCAUCACCGAUCUCUUCUCUUAUUCUCUAGUGACCAGCAAUGUAUAAAUCACUCGUCUUGUUGUUAGCAGUUUGCUCGAACGUUGUCCUCGGCUACCACUACGUUACGAUCGAGAACAACGCUGCCAAAUAUUAUUCGACCGCUGCACUGCAAGAUCUGGAGAGAAAGUGCAUCUGUGUCAAGAAUACUCAAACCGCUGCAAUCAGAGGAGUCAAUGGAGGAACCAUCAGGCUGUUCAAAUCUAACGACUGCACAGGAACCUAUCAAACUCUAGGAAGCAAUAGCUACCUAAAGAACACAUACUGGGUGAACAGCUACUCAUUCGGUGCAUCGGGUAUGGCAUCAUCAGGCCCAAAUGGAUGCCCAAACUACUUUGCCUAGGAGCACUAUUAGCUGUGGUGUGGGUGAAGAAACACAAAUAAAUGAAUGACUG